AUGGAAAAUAAUGAUUUAAAAAAGGAUAAAAAAGUAUUUAUUGAUAACAAAAAUACUUAUAUGAAUAAUUAUAAUAAUAAUCAAAGCAUAAGCAAAAUUAAUGACAGUAAUAAUAAUGUUAAUAGUUAUAUAAAUUUUGCUAAUUUUAAUAAUUUUAGUAAUAUGAAUAAUAAUUUUAGUAAUAACAGUAAUGAUAACCUCACCAAUAUUAAUAAUAAUACAAGCAAUAAUAUAAAUAAUAAUUUGAAUUUAACUAAUAAUAUGAAUAAUAUAUCUGGAAAUAUGAGCAAUAUACCUAGCAAAAUGAAUAACAUUCCAAAUAAUUUAAAUAAUAUUUCGAGCGCUUUGAAAAAUAUGCCUAAUAGCAUAAAUAAUAUAACUAAUAGUGUAAAUAACAUACCCACUAAUAUGAAUAAUAUACCUAAUAAUAUGAAUAACAUACCCACUAAUAUGAAUAAUAUGCAUAAUAAUAUGAAUAAUAUAUCCACUAGUAUGAGUAAUAUGCAUAACAAUUUGAAUAAUAUACCCACUAAUAUGAAAAACAUACCCACUAAUAUGAAAAACAUACCCACUAAUAUGAAAAACAUACCUACUAAUAUGAAAAACAUACCUACUAAUAUGAAUAAUAUACCUACUAAUAUGAGUAAUAUACCAACUAAUAUGAAUAAUAUACCUACUAAAAUGAAUAAUAUACCUACUAAUAUGAAUAAUAUACCCACUAAUAUGAAUAAUAUACCCACUAAUAUGAAUAAUAUACCCACUAAUAUGAAUAAUAUACCCACUAAUAUGAAUAAUAUAUCCACUAAUAUGAAUAAUAUACCCACUAAUAUGAAUAAUAUACCCACUAAUAUGAAUAAUAUACCCACUAAUAUGAAAAACAUACCUACUAAUAUGAAAAACAUACCUACUAAUAUGAAAAACAUACCUACUAAUAUGAAUAAUAUACCUACUAAUAUGAGUAAUAUACCAACUAAUAUGAGUAAUAUACCAACUAAUAUGAAUAAUAUACCUACUAAAAUGAAUAAUAUACCUACUAAAAUGAAUAAUAUGCCUACCAAUAUGAAUAAUAUGCCUACCAAUAUGAAUAAUAUGCCCGCUAGUAUGAAUAAUAUACCCACUAGUAUGAAUAAUAUACCCACUAAUAUGAAUAACAUUCACACUAAUAUGAAUAAUAUACAUAAUAAUAUGAAUAAUAUACAUAAUAAUAUGCAUAAUAAUAUGAAUAAUAUAUCUAAUAGUUUGAAUAAUAUACCCAGUAAUAUGAAUAAUAUGCAUAACAACAUGAAUAAAAUAUCAAAUAACAUGAAUAAUAUGCCUAAUAACAGAAGUAAUAUACCUAAUAAUAGGAAUAACAUACCUAAUAAUAGGAGUAAUAUGAAUAUUAAUAUAUCAAAUAACAUGAAUGCGAAUAUUGUAAAUAAUAGCAUGAAUAAUAAUGUUUCUAAUAAUAUGAAUAUGAAAAAUAACAUGAACAUGAAUAGUGAUAUAGCUAAUAAUUUAAGUAUUAAAAAAAUGAUGAAUAAUAAUAGCAAUUUAAGAGAAAACAUUAUGAAUAAUUUAAAUUAUAAUUAUAAUAAUAUGAAUUAUAACUUAAUAAAAAAUAAUAUGGACAUGGGUAAUAAAUUAAAUAAUGAUAAAAAAGUCAAUACAGAUGAUUCGAAAAACAUUAUGAAUAAUUUAAGUAAUAAAAUGAUUAUUAAGAAUAAUAUGAAUAAUAAUCAUUUUAUUACUUCUGAUGCUUCCAACAUGAAUAGGUUUUAUUUAAAUGAGAUGAAAAACAUAGAGAAUAAUAUGAUUCCUAUGAAUAAUAAAAUAAAUAACAUAAAGGAUAAUCAAAGUAAUAUACAACAUUUUAGAGAAAAUGAAUAUUUAGAAAAUAUUUAUAAGAGGGAAAAAUACUUAUUAAAUAAAAACGAAAAAGAAAAUUUGUUUAUUUCAUCCAAGCAAUUAAAUAACUUUAAUCAAGAAAACAAUAAAAAUAAUAUGCUUCCAAGAAACGUGAAAAAUAUAGACCCAUCGUUAUACAAAUCUCUAAAUUUAAAUUUAGUGAAUUCUAAAAAUAUAAAUCAAAUGUAUAAUUUUAAUAAUAAUGAGAUAAACAACAUCAAUAUAGAAAGUAUGAUGGACAAUAAAAUUAAUAUGAAAUCAAAAAAUAUAGAUUACAGCAAUAUGAAUAUAAAUGAAACAGACAAUAUAAUAUUUAAUGAAGAAAUGAAUUAUCAGCCAUAUAAUGUAAAUAAUAACAUUAAUAAUAAUAGUAAUAAUAAUAAUUUAACAGAAAAAAAUUUUAAUAAUUCAAAGCAGUUUUUCAUGAAACAAAAUAAUAUGUUUGAUGUUAAAGCUUAUAAAAAUUUAGAAAAUUUAAAAGAAAUGAAAAUUACUAAUGAAAAUAAAAACAUAAGGUUUAACAAUAUAAUGGAAAUGAAACCAAAUCAAAUUAUUUCAGAAAAUCCUAAUUUGCCCACAUCUAUUCAUAAGAUAAAUGAAAAGAAAAAAUUAAUGAAUGCAAAAAACAACAAUUUAAUCAAUAUGGAAAACUGCGAUAUUUAUAAAUUAUCCAUGAAUGAUAAAUUAAAUCAGAAGGAUGCAUUUAAUUAUAUGAAUCAAACUGAUAUUCUAAAGGAAAUAUCAAAAGAAAACAAUAAACAAAGAUACAUUUCUGUUAAAAAGAUAACGACAAAUAAUUCCAAACCAUUAAAAAUUUCUGAUCAACAAAAAAGUAAAAUACUCAAAAUAAAUAACAUGGACAAUAAUCCUAUGAAUAAUAAAAUAAAUAAUGAUAACAGCACUAUGUAUAUGAAUAAAACUAUGAUGUAUGAAGAAUUAAAAAAAAAUAAUACUAUUCCGUUUGAUAACAUGAUUAAUAAUAACAUUCAAUUUUUUAAUAAAAAUCCAAUGUUAGGUAAAAAUAAUAACAAUAAUAAUAUCAACUACAAUAGAACAACAAAUAUUAUAAAUAAUUAUAAUCAAAAUUAUAAUAUUAAGUCGAAAAGUGAUUUAGAAAAUUUAAAAGGUGUUGAACAAGAAAUAGAAGAGAAAAAAAAAAAAAAAAAAAGAGAAAAAAAAGAAGAAAAAAAUAAAGAAAAGAAGGUCGAAACUCCUAAAAAUGAACCAAAAGAAGUAUUAGAAGAAAAUUUUGAAGGAAAUAAACAAAAUUUUGAUUAUAACAGUGUAUUAUUUAAUUAUAGAGAAAAUUCACAACAAAAUUCAUUUAAUAAUUCAGGAUUUAAUUCCAUAAAUAUUAACAAUACUACUAAUGAUAAUAAUAAUAAUAAUAAAAGUAUUGGUGUAUCUAACUUAAAUAUAAACUUGGGAUUAGCAGAGGAAAAUAGUAUGAAUAAAAAACAAAUUUUAUUAGAAAAUUAUGAUCAAAAUAAUUCAAAUAAGAUUUUUUUAGAUAAUAAAAAUACAAUGGAAGUAAAUGAUUUUUAUAAUAUGGAUGAUUCAGUUUCUAGAAAAUUAAAAAAAAACAAUAAUCAGCAAAAUGUUUCAUUUAAUUAUACCCCUGAAAAAGUAGAAAAUGAUGAAAAAUUAAUGGCUUUAAACAAAUUAUUUGGAAAUGUAAUUGAUGAAAAAGAUCAGAAAAGUGUAAAUGUAACUUAUGUUAGAGGAAAUAUGUGUGAUUUAGAUACUCUUAAAAAUAUGUCACUAGAUAAUAUAUUAAAUAGUUUAAAUAUAGAUAAAAAUGUUUUAGAUAUAUUAAAAGAUAAAAUAAAUAAUAUAAGUAGAAAUAUAAACGUAACAAUAUGUUCUACGCCUACGGAAAAACAAAUAGAUAUAGAAAAGGAAAAAUUUAAAAUGUCUGAUUUAAUAAAUUGCUUUGAUAUUUUUAUGAAUUGGUGUGAUAAUAAUUUAAUUCAAAUUAAGUUGCAGUUGUAUAAUAUUGCUUUUUGUUUAUUUUUGGAAAUAUAUAUUUUAUUAUUAACUAAUAAUUAUGAUAAUUUAAAUGAUUUUAAAAAUAAAUAUAUAAAUAAAUUUUUUGCUUAUGAACCGGUAACAAAAAUGUUGGAAAAUUGUGUUAGUUUAAGUCAAGUAUUUGAAAUAUCAUUGAUUCGUUUUAAACAAAAAAAUUCAAAACACAUUGUUCACAUGACUAAAUUAGGAAAAAAAUCAUUAUUUCAAUAUUUAAAUGUGUAUGAAGGUAUUUUAUUGUAUAAUUUAAUUACCACAAAAAUUAAAAUGAUAGAAGUUGAUGAUUCCGAUAAAUAUUUUAAUUUUUUUUAUGCAUUUGUGUCUGCUAACUUUUUUCAAAAUAUAAGUUUAAGUUUUCCAAUUCAAUGGAAUCUACCUUCCAUAUAUUCUAUUAAAGAUGAAGUUGUAGAAGAUGAAAAUAACAAAUUAGUAAAAGAAACAAAAGAAAAUUGCUAUAUACCAAAUGAAAGUAGUGAUGCAUAUUUUUAUUAUAAACAUAUAUUAAAAACACAAGCAAGCAAUAGAUUAAAAGUGACUAAAAAUAGAAUUCCAAGUAUUCUUUAUUAUUGUUUGAAUAAUUGCAAUGAUCUAACCUGUGCAGAAAUAUCUGGUUUUGAUGGAUCAUUUGUAGCAACAGCUCAUUCUAAUAAUAUAAUUAAGUUAUGGAAUAUUAAGCAAUCACAAAUGAAUAAAUUAAAUAAUGAAAAGAAAGAUUUAGAAGAUAAUAGAAUAGAUGAUGAUGAAAUUAGAAAAUAUGAAGAUAUGAAAGAAAGUAAAAAUAUAUUUACAGAUUUAAAAGAGUAUGAAAAUGGGAUAUCAAAAUUAUAUGGAAAUAUUUAUAAUGUAUCUAGUUUAUGUUUUGGUGAAACAAAUAAAAUUCUUUUAUCAGGAAAUAUAAAUGGGGAUAUAUAUUUAUAUAGUACAAUUAAUAAUAAAAAUUAUGUCAAAUAUGUAGGUGGUAAUACACCAAUUUGGUCUAUAGAUACAGCUUUUUUAGGAUUUUUUUUUUGUUCUGGUGAAGAUGAUGGAAACUUAAGGAUAUAUUCAACUAAUAAAACUUAUCCUUUUAUUACUUAUAAAUAUAAUUGUUCUGCUAAUAUUUGUAAAUAUCAUUACAACAAUACACUAAUAGGAUGUGGAUAUUAUGAUAAUUAUGUUCAUUUAUAUGAUGUUCGAGUAAAUUCUUUUAUUAAAAGAUUCAAAAACAACUAUCCUAGUAGUCAAGGAGUAACUUCAUUGGCUUUUUCAAAAAAUGGGAGGUUACUAUCUUAUGCAGGAGGUUAUACAAAUAACAUCAACCUAAUUGAUUUAGCAAUGGAUAAAUUUAUUGAUGUAGAGAUGAAAGAAACUAUUAACUCAAAAGAAUAUAAUAAUGAAUGUUUUAAUUACAUUAAAUCAUUUGACAAUUAUUCAGAUAAUAAUAUUUUAAAAGAAAAAGAAAAAUCACAAAUUCAAAAUAAUUCGAACAGUUAUGAUGACAAAAUUUUAGAUAUAGAUUUCAGUUAUGAUAAUAAUCUUUUAGUUUCAAUGUCAUGUAAUAAUUUCAUUGAUUUUUACAAUUGUUCCAAAGUAUCAGAAGAGAUAAAAAGUUCCGUAGAAACUAAAAAAAUAAAAUUAGAAAAGUCAAAAAAAGUAAAUAAUUUCCCAUAUGUUAAAUUAUCAAAAUCUUAUGGAGUUAAUUAUUCAAAUUUAAUAUCUGCAAAGUUUACACCUGAAAAUGCUCUUCUUUUAUUUGGAAUCAACACUUUAAUAUGA